CGGGCGCGAACAGGCGGAGGAGGCGCGGCCUGUCUUCUGCAGCCAGGCGGGGCCGCGCUACCGGGACCCGCCGCUCUGCCGCGGUAAGGGGCCGUCCCUCUCCCCCAGGCGGAGCCGGUAGCGCGGUCCUGCCCCGGCUGCGGGGGACGGGCUGCUCCUGAUUGGCUUGUUCGCGCCGCCCUCUUGCGGUCAGUGGCUCCCCCCCCAAGCGAGAGCCGGUAGCGUGGCCCUGCCCCGGCUGCAGGGGACGGGCCGCUCCUCGGCUCGCGGCGGUGGGAUGAGCUGGGGCCCCAGCCUUAUGCCGCCCCCUAUAGUUUGCCGCCCUAGGCACCUGCUCGUUUAGCUGGUGCCGAGAGCCGCCCCUGCCUCGUGGGGGGAAGGCACUGAAGGACUGGUUACCCCAGCAGGAUCAGCUGCCGCGGGCGUCGGUGUAUUUUUGCUGGCGCCUGUGAGAAUUGAUCAGUGAAGUUACUGCCCUGCUUCCAUCUUGCGUUAUUCUGAGUUGUUGAUAGGUGUCAUCUUGACAGUUCUGGAGGCUAGAAUCUUUUACUACUAGAACAUCUGUAAUAUGGAGACUGGUAAUAAAGGUCUCCUUUACUUUCCAGACAGUAUGUCUCAACCCUAUUCUGGAAGAACUUCCUAUAAGUGAUAUCAGUCCAGUUCCUAGUGGACUGAAGAGACAACCCACUCUUUUCCUAUAGCACACUGAGCAGUCACCCAUCACGUAGUAAUGACACAUAACCUCUGGGUGUGUCCCUACCUGUGUGUGUUCUGGAGGAGGCUUGAGGGCCUGGUUCAGCAGGUUGGGGGCUUAUCAGUUGGAAGCGACAGACGAGAGACCUAGGGUUGUGAGUCGAUCACAGGGUGACUAUCAACCACCAGUGUGAUGCACCUGUGAAAAAGACAAAUGCCAUCUUAGAAUGUGUCAGGUACUUUUUUAUUGUUUAUAACCAGGAUAGAACAAAUAAUGGGGAGGAAACUGGAUCUAUCUGGUUUGACAGAUGAUGAAGCAGAGCAUGUUCUUCAGGUGGUCCAACGAGAUUUCAGCCUUCGCAAGAAAGAAGAAGAGAGGCUGAAUGAGAUGAAGCAGAAACUCGAUGAAGAGGGUAACAAGUGCAGCAUCCUUUCUAAGCAGCAGAAGUUUAAUGAGCACUGUUGCAUCCGCUGUUGCUCUCCUUUUACGUUUCUCAUCAAUAGCAAGCGACAGUGCCAAGACUGCAAAUACAACAUCUGCAAGAACUGCAGCUCCUAUCAGAAGAAGGACAAGGCAUGGCUCUGCAAUGUCUGCCAGCAAGCUAGACUCCUAAGGACCCAGUCCCUGGAAUGGUAUUACAAUAAUGUGAAAAGUCGCUUCAAGCGUUUCGGUAGUGCCAAAGUCCUGAAGAAUUUAUACAGAAAACAUAGACUGGAGAGUGGUGCUUGUUCUGAAAUAAUAGAAGGAAGCUUUUUUGAAGGAAGCAUAGAAAAUGAAGGAAGUAUUUGUGGCAGUGACUCUACAUUCUACAGACAGACAGAAGGACAUAGUAUGAUGGACACCCUAGCUGUGGCCUUACGUGUGGCAGAAGAAGCAGUAGAAGAAGCCAUUUCCAAGGCAGAGACAUAUGGUGAAAGCCUGGACAAACAGAACGAGGCUUGUUAUUUACGGGAACAUAAGGAGGAACUGAUUGAAGAGCUUGCCACUACCAUAGUGCAGAAGAUUAUAAGAAAGCAAAAAAGUAAAGCUGAGCAGGCGGAGGCUGAUUUUGAUUGGCCACAGUCCAGAAGCAGCGGUCUGGCAUCUGUUGCUGUUUCAGAUCAGAGCAUGCUGACUUUUCCAGGCAGUCGCAGGGGAUCCUACACAUUAUGGAGGUCUCAGUCUGCAUUCUCACUGACUAGUGAAGAUACACCAAGCAAAGAUCUGGACCUAGCGUCGUCUAUGCCUGAGAUUCUUUGGAGGCAGCAGAAAGGCCUAGUCAGGAGACAGAGGGAACACAAACUGUCUGCGUUACCUAGCUGGAAAAGUGUGGACAGACUGAAUGAAACAAGUCCACCUCCUGUUUUACAAAGCACUGAUGGUAACUGGGUGGCUUUGCAGAGCAUUACGUUGCCUCGCCCUCGAAUGCUUGCCAAACCAAAGAGCCAAGUAUUCAAAGCUUUGGAGAAUGAAUCUAGUGUUGUGUCUGCUUAUGACGAGAUGGGCUCGGACAGCGAGGACGACUACGACUGGAAUGUGGCCUUGAACAAGCUGCGUCGGAGGCCCAAGCAGUUGUCCGAGGAGUCUUAUUAUACUGAUUCCCAGUACAAUACUGAAUGGGCUUAUGGCAGUGAUCCGUACCAGCCAGUGACCUCACCUUCCUCUGGGCUAUACACCAAUACAGAGACGGUGUACUCUGAUUCUGAAACAUCUUCAGUAAAUUCCUCAAGGGAGGCUAGAGAAUCUAGCAAACUUCCCUGGCUACAAAGGAGAACUCAGAAUGACAAACCCAUAGUGGGAAAAGCACAUUUACAUGGAGAACUGGAUGUAAAUUUCAAUCCACAGGCUGACAGUUUAGAGUAUUCAGACAGCAGUGAGACUGAGGAAGUCCAUUAUGAUUUAGAAAAGAGGUCUAGAAGGUGGAGAAAGAGCAAAAUUGCCUCAGAAGAAUUAAGCGAAGGAAAAAAUCACACAAAAACCCACAGGAAAAAUUUGAGCACAAAUCAGGUUUCUGAGGAUUUAUCAGAAGCUGAUAUAAGCAGUGAGGAUCAACACCAUAAAAUCCAGACAGACCUUGUUGAAGAAAAGUUUAAAUCCGAGUUAUUUGAACUAGCUGCUAAAAUGAGCGACAAGGAAACCUCUUCUGGUGAAGAGCAGGAGUCAGAGCCUAGAACAGAAUCGGAGGACAAACAGAAGGAAAGUUUGUCCUCAGAAGAAAAUGGCAAAAACAUUCAGGAGGAGUUGAAGAAGAAGUACUCUGCUGUCUCUCUCUGCAACAUAUCUACAGAGGUCCUAAGAGUCAUCAAUGCCACAGAGGAACUGAUAGCAGAAUCCACCGGUCCCUGUGAUUUCCCAGCAGAUGACCACGGGAGAGGGGCAUUUCCGUUAGGUACAGACCCUGUCAGACUCGAUGAGCAGCUCACCACCUUGGAAGAAAAUGUGUACCUGACAGCAGGCACUGUGUACGGGUUAGAGGGUCAGCUGAAUGAAUUAGAGGAUGCAGCACGCAAAAUCAACAGUGUUACAGCAGAAUUGGAACUAGCGGAUUUGGAGGAUCAAGUAGCAACAGCAGCAGCACAGGUUCAUCAUGCAGAGCUUCAGAUUUCAGAUAUCGAGAGCAGAAUUUCAGCUCUCAGUGUUGCAGGCUUGAACGUGGCUCCAUGUGUUCACCUGACAAGAAAACGAGAUCAAAAGCAAAUGAAUCAGAUGCAAACAAUAGACACAUCAAGACAGCAGAGGAGAAAGCUUCCAGCUCCACCAGUAAAAGGUGAAAAUAUUGAUGCUUCUCCAGUUACUACUGUUAGAACAUUUAACAGAAACUUUAUGCUCCAAGGAUCUCUAACACAAAGAACUAAAGAGAGAAAAAGCACUGCCAAGGACUUGAUGGAACCAACUAUAGGAUCUGCUGUAAUGUACUAGACUUACAAAACUACUGCCAAUAACACACUGCCUAAGGCUGUACACUAUAGUGCCUUUAUUUAACAGCCAUUGUAUAUGUCCAAUAGAAACGGACCCUCGAGAACCCACAAUGCCUCAGUAAUAGGGCUUUGUUUGGAUACCUCACUGAGAAAGCUGUCCAGCAUUGUGGUCUGCUAAUGGAAACUCUGCCUUAAAGUUUUCAUGAGACUCCAGAAAGGAUACUGAGUUUCAUAAGCAAGGCUCCAUGUUUUAAGAUGCACUUUUUUUCCCCCAUUGAUUGUACUAAAGUAUAUUGUCUUUAAAAUACAAUAUGUUUUGUAUACUUAAUUUAACCAUAAUUGUUGGUCAAUAUUUCAUGUGAAGAGAGAGGUCAAAAACAAACCUGUGAUCCAUAUUUGCUGGCACGUUUGACACUGAGUUCAGUGUUUGUAGAUCAAUCCCAAUAUCAUUUUCUAAAAGACCCUCUGUAUGCUGAUAGCGUAACUUUGGCUGAGUUAUUAUUCUAUCUCCAGACCUGGGCUGUUUGGAUGCUAAAGGAGCAGUUUACAUUUGCGAUAGGCUGGCACAUUCCACCCUAGCAUACUGUGGUGGGGGACACACAUGUAUCAUGCCUACAAAAAGAUAAAUUCUGAGUCAUUAUUUUGGCAUCUGAAAACCAUCGCAAAAUCAACCCCUUGCACCUCUAUGCUUAGAAGCAUAAUCCAUUUUAGGCAGUGUCCUAAAUAUUUGUUACACCCAGCAGGUGCAUCUCUGAAUUAAUCCUUAUCAAAUGUUUAAGAUUACAAAAUUAGAAUAAAACAAUGCUGGGUGUUGGAUAUUGUUCAAAGAAAGUGCUUCCUGAAACGUAUUUUUAAACAUUAAGGGCUAGUUAUAAAAGGCCCUUGUACGGGUGCUACGAGGGCCACCUCUCUUCCCCUCCCUUGCAUGAUGCGUGGAAGGGCCUUUCAGAAUUGCAGUCCCUUUGCUCUGAGGAGCGCUGGGACUGCUCUCCCCUGUAAUCUAAAGGAAGCAGAGAGGAGACAGAGCCAUGGCUCUUCCCCCUUCCAUGCUGACCCCCAGAGCAGGAUCAGUGCACAGAGGGUGCUGAGCCGCACACCAUACAGGAAUGUAGUAGCAGACAUGCUCUCCCUGCAUCCCAGAAUGCCUCCUGAAGCUCCACGGGGUAGCACCACUUUGUACUGACCAUCAGUGGGCAGGACAGAACCCUAAGGAGCGAUUAGUCUAUUUAACCACAGAGGUUUAGAAAUACAUUUUAAAAUAUGCAGUAAUUUAAAAGUUGGGGACAUUAAACAGCUUCUGACUGAUUCAAAAAAUGAUGGCCAACCUUUUCAAAUUUGGGUGCCUCAGUUUAGGCACCUUGAGCUACAUUUAGACUACCUACAGAAGAGCAGCCUGGUUGUCAAAAAGGCUGAGCAGUCGCAGCUCCCAUUGUCUUCCUCGGUAACUGCGGAUGCUCGGCACUACUGAAAAUUGGACAUACGUUGUAGGUAGCCAUUGUGGCAGUUCAGGCCUGUAUAUCAAAGAGAUGGAAUAGUUUUAGUUUAGCAACAUCUGAUCAGUAGGCUUGGAUUCUGCACGACUAAAAGUAAGGAGCGGUUCAGAUCCAGCUUCCAUUUUGUCCAAGCCCACCCAGACCUGGUCAGAGUAGCCAGAUAAAUGGUUCUAGUGUGAACUUCCCUCCUAAUUUGAAGUCUCCUCACCAGUGCAAUUGGAUCAUCUGAUUAUUUGAAAAUAAUUGGGUCCAAUUAGAAGCAUAAGGCCAUAUCCUCUACUGGUGGAAAUCCCCGUAGUUCCAUUGAUAUUGGUGGAAUUACGGUGAUUUACACCAGUUGAAGAUCUAGCCCAGGAUGGUCAUUCUGGGCUAAAUUAUGCCUUGUGUUAUUCUCUUGCAAUCCUCAUUAUCUUCAAUUUGUUUGCACAAGUAUGAGGACAGAACUUGGUCCAGUAUGUUUAAAAAUAGUGUGUGUGUGUAUAUAUACACACACCAUCUAAUGAAGGAGAUUAUACAGAGUAGGAUGCCUAAUACAUUUUUCAAUCUCCAUCCAGUAGACUGUUCUCUUAUGUGUGUGCAAUACAUUCCCAGAUUUUUGUUUAUGCAGGUAUGCGUGUCAUGAAAUGUCACUAAUAGUGGUUGGUUUACAUAUUUGUCUAAUAAUAAGCUAAUACUGUGUAUGUAAUAUCAAUUCAGAAAUGACUAAUUUUAGUAGAUUAAUGGCUUUUGUUCUGUUAGUGUGAUUUAAAAAACAGACUUUGGAGUAGGAUGUUUUCCAUAAGAGGCAUGAAAAGCAACUACUGUUGUUACAAUGUUAAGUCUUCUUUGACAAAAAUGUGUAUUGUGUAGGUAUUGCAAAACAAAACAAACCCUGCCCCACCCCGCUACAUGGUAUUUGCAUUUUUACAGAUUUACUUGUGCCAAAUAUGUGCAAAGAUUUAAUUUACUGUUUUUAAAAAAAUCAUAAAAACGUUAUAGCACACGAAGAAUUAUUUUGUCAUCAAGUGAUUUCAAUCUUUAGUGUUAAUAUUUAUAUUUAGAUUAAUUUUUAUAAAUGAAAAUAUUUUAAUGGUUAAAAAAAUUAAGACUAUAUAAUGAUCUAUUUGAUUAAGUCUGAGUGAAAGUAAAGCUUGCCUUGUUGUUGUUAUAUGCGUAUCCAGGAAUUAUUGUUAAGUGAAAUUAUAAGAGUAAAAGCAAUUUAUGCAAAAGAAUGCCUUUGCAGGGACCUGAUUCAUAAAGAAAAAGAAAAUAAAU